ACGCACCGCGGGGCUCAGUCACCUGCGGACGCUCCAGAGCAGUGUACGCAAAAGUGAGCGCACUCACCGGGCUCCGGGGGCGGAUACGCAGCCGACAGGGGUACGCGCCCCAGGCCCAGCGUUGGAACGCGCCGCCCUCAAGCCGCGCAGUCGCCUCGCGCCACCCGGACGUUCCCGCAAGAGGUCGAACCAGCCGGACGAGUCCUACUUGCCACGACUCCAGCCGGCAGCAGGUGGCCCUGGACUUCCCGCUCUCGCUGAAGUCCUGGUGCACAGUGCACCCCGCCGCGUCCCGGAGCUCUCUCGGCCGCCCCGUCGGGAGGGAUGGAGGCGGACGGGGACCGGGAGGAGCUGGCCCGGUUGCGCUCAGUCUUUGCCGCCUGUGACGCGAACCGCUCAGGGCGCCUGGAGCGUGAGGAGUUCAGCGCGUUGUGCGCGGAGCUGCGCGUGCGGCCGGCAGAUGCGGAGGCUGUGUUCCAGCGGCUCGACUCCGACCGAGACGGUUCCAUCACCUUCCAGGAGUUCGCGCGCGGCUUCCGCGGGGCCCGCCGCGGGGGGCGGCGUCGGGGCUUCGGGCUGCUGGAGCCCGCGCUCGCGGAGUCCCAGGUUGAGUCCGACCCCGGGAACAGUGAGGAGGACGAGGAGGACGAGGGCAACGAGGGGGCGGCCGCUGCAUCGCUGGCAGCCCCCUGGGGAGCGGUGGUCACCAGCCAGGCUUGGCAGGACUUCCAGGCGAGACUAGGGGAAGAGGCCAAGUUCAUCCCCAGGAAAGAGCAAGUUAGUACCUUGUAUCAAAACAUCAGCCUUGUGGAGCCAAGACUGAUUCAGCCAUAUGAACAUGUUAUAAAGAACUUCAUCCGUGAGAUCAAGCUUCAAAGCACAGAAAUGGAAAACCUGGCCAUUGCAGUGAAGAGAGCCCAGGACAAGGCAGCCAUGCAGCUGAGUGAGCUGGAAGAGGAGAUGGACCAGAGGAUUCAGGCCGCAGAACACAAGACGCGGAAGGAUGAAAAACGCAAAGCUGAGGAAGCCCUCAGUGACCUCAGACGUCAGUAUGAAACAGAAGUAGGGGAUCUACAGGUGACGAUAAAGAAACUGAAAAAGCUAGAAGAACAGUCAAAACAUGUAAGUCAAAAAGAAGAUGUGGCUGCAUUAAAGAAACAAAUUUAUGAUUUAUCAAUGGAAAAUCAGAAGGUUAAGAAAGAUCUUUUAGAAGCACAGACGAAUGUAGCCUUUCUUCAGAGUGAAUUAGAUGCAUUGAAAAGUGAUUAUGCUGAUCAGAGUCUGAAUUCUGAAAGGGAUCUGGAAAUAAUCCGAGAGUACACGGAAGAUCGAAAUAGUCUUGAGAGGCAAAUUGAAAUACUCCAAACAGCCAACCGGAAGCUGCACGACAGUAAUGACGGCCUAAGGAGUGCCCUGGAAAGCACUUACAGCAAGUUCAACAGAUCCUUGCGCAUAAAUAAUACGUCACCAGGGAAUACAAUUUCUAGGAGCAGUCCCAAAUUUAAUGGUCAUUCUCCUCAGCCUCCGGGCUAUGACAGGUCAUCUCGCUCUUCCUACGUGGAUGAGGACUGUGACUCAUUGGCCCUCUGUGACCCUAUGCAGAGGAUGAAUUGUGAAGUUGACAGCCUGCCCGAGAGCUGCUUUGACAGCGGCUUGUCCACCCUGAGAGAUCCCAAUGAGUACGACUCGGAGGUGGAGUACAAACACCAGAGGGCAUUUCAGAGGUCGCACGGCACACAGGAGAGCUUUGCGGGGGAUGCUUCAGACACAGACGUUCCUGAUAUAAAGGAUGAAGAGAUGUAUGGUUCAGAAGGUGUGGCUUCCGUCUUAGACUGGAAGCCCCAGGGGUCUGGUAGUGAGGGCAGCCUUGCUGGUUUCUCAAGAAAGCCCAUCUUGGCACUCUCACCUCAGGCAGACGCAGUGGAAGACAGCAGACCAUCCAGCUCACAGAAGGCUUACAAGAUUGUGCUUGCUGGGGACGCCGCCGUGGGGAAGUCUAGUUUCCUCAUGAGACUUUGCAAGAACGAAUUCCGAGGAAAUACAAGUGCCACCUUGGGAGUCGACUUUCAGAUGAAAACGCUCAUUGUUGAUGGAGAGCGAACAGUUCUGCAGCUCUGGGAUACGGCCGGUCAGGAGAGAUUCAGAAGUAUUGCCAAGUCCUACUUCAGAAAAGCAGAUGGUGUUUUGCUGCUGUAUGAUGUUACAUGUGAGAAAAGCUUCCUUGAUGUACGAGAAUGGGUAGAUAUGAUAGAGGAUGCAACCACAGAGAAUAUCCCGAUCAUGUUGGUGGGAAACAAAGCUGAUCUUCGUGACACCGCUGCCUCGGAGGGACAGAAAUGUGUCCCGGGAUACUUUGGAGAAAAACUGGCCAUGACCUAUGGGGCUUUAUUCUGUGAAACAAGUGCCAAGGAUGGUUCGAAUGUAGUGGAAGCUGUUCUCCAUCUCGCCCGGGAAGUGAAGAAAAGAACUGAUGAGGAUGACAGCAAAUCUGUCACCAACCUGACUGGAAGCAGUUUCAAACAGUCAACCCACAUGAAGAAUUGUUGCAAGGGGUAAGCCCGAACCCCGUGGCCUACGAAGUCUUCAUUUCCAGAGCCCAGAAGCCGUGGGACUAGUGUGUGUGGCCUGCGGACACUGUCACACGGAGAGUUGCCGUGUGGGAAGUCUGGACUGUGUGUGUUCCUGGUCCCUCCGCAACCUCGGCUCUUCUUUGCUGCGUUUCCUUGAACAGUUCGGGCUCCCUGGUUAAAUAUACUUGUCUUGUCCUAACAGAGACUUAAAGAUAACGUGUAAAUGUGUUUAAGUGCUAAAAAAUCACAUGCUCAGAUCAAAGCUGUAGAAAGAAACUCUCGGACAUAAUUAGAUUCAUGUGGUAGCUGAUAUAACCUGUGGCCACAUGUCUUAUGAAUAGUCAACACUAGAGUACUAGUAAACGAGGGUUAUUGCUGUAGCUUUGCUGUUAGCUAGGCUUGUGGCCUCAGACAUGUCCUUGCUGGCCUUGGCCUUGGCCCUUGCUCACAUCCUGUAGCACAUUUUUUUUAGCAGUGGGAGGGAGAGUGCAAUAGCUCACAAUUAAUAAAGACUCGGGUUGUUUGUACUUUUAAAAUAUUGGAGUAUCGACUUUUCUCACUUCUGAAACAAGAACAGAAUUUAACUGAGAAAAAUUAUAAUUUUCAGGCUUUGGUGGAGACAGAAAAAUCUAUUUUUCUAUGCAUGGAGAAGAAAACAUUUUUGUGACAAUAACCGUUCUGUAUCAAAGAGGGUAUUUUAUAAGCUCAGAAUACUUACAAAGUCCAUGGGUUAAAUCCAGUGUUAAAAAUUCUAAUAAAAACAUAUAAAAUCACAUACUAUUGAAAGAA